UCCCUGAAGAGAAGAGGCAGCAGAGAAAUGCACAAAGAAAAAAAACCAUUUACCCAGGAGGACAGUGCUGAUUUGAAGUGUCAGCUUCAGUUUGCCAAAGAGGAGGCAGCGCUGAUGCGUAAGAAGAUGGCCAAGCUGGGGAGAGAGAAGGACGAGCUGGAGCAGGAGCUCCAGAAAUACAAAUCCAUCUAUGGAGAUGUGGACAGUCCUCUACCUACAGGAGAGGCUGGAGGCCCGCCCAGUACCAGAGAGGCUGAGCUGAAACUUCGGCUGAAGCUGGUGGAGGAGGAGGCCAACAUACUGGGCAGGAAAAUAGUGGAACUGGAGGUGGAGAACAGGGGGAUUAAAGCUGAAAUGGAGGAUAUGAGGUGUCAGUAUGAGAAAGAGUGUCUCAGCAGGGACCACAUUUCAAGCAUUCCUACCUCACCCUACGGCGACUCGGUGGAGUCGGCCACGGAGCUGCGCCGACACCUGCAGUUUGUAGAAGAGGAAGCAGAACUGCUGAGGCGGUCAAUCUCCGAAAUCGAGGAUCACAACAAACAGCUAACAAACGAGCUGAACAAAUUCAAGUUCGAGCCGGGCCAGGAGCCGGGCUGGCUGGAAGAUGCAGCAUCCAAGUGCGGUGGGCCAUUGCAGGAGGAGCUGAAGUCUGCCAGGCUGCAGAUCAAUGAGCUGAGCGGAAAAGUGAUGAAGCUGCAGUACGAGAACAGGGUCCUGAUGUCCAAUGUGCAGAGGUAUGACCUUGCUUCCCACCUGGGCCUGCGCACUUCCAGCCCCAGGGACAGUGAUGCUGACAGUGAUGCAGGGAAGAAGGAGAGUGACAGCGAAGAAGGUCGCCCGCUCCAGCCAAAGAGAGAGGGGCCAAUUGGGGGCGAGAGUGACUCUGAGGAGAUUUAUGAGAAGACAUCAGGUUUUGGGAGUGGGAAGCCAUCAGAAGUCAGUGACCUGUGCUCCACCGACUUCAUGCGAGCAAAAGAGGACACCGAGUCUUUAAUUAACAUCAAACGUGAGGCUGAGCGCCUCGAAAGGACCGUAGAUCGUCUUAUCACUGACACAGACAGCUUGAUUUAUGAUGCAAAGGUGCACAUAACCAGCAGCCCAUCCACUGAACAGGAUUUCAAAAGUGAUGAGCGAAAAGAAGAAGAUAAGCAUGAACCAGAGCUUCUGGACACCAUCAACGCCAGGAUGAAAUCUUUCCGGAAAGAGCUACAGACCUUCCUGGAGAAGGUUGAUCACAUAGGGGAGGGCCUUAAGGAGCAGGUGGAGGACCUCUCACCUCUUCCCCAUCUCACAGAGUCUUCCAGUUUCCUAUCCACCAUGACGUCCAUGUCACGAGACUCUCCCAUUGGUAACCUGGGGAAGGAGUUAAUCACAGACUUCCAGUCCAAACUGAGGGAUCAGAAGGAUUGGCAGCUCAAACAAGAUCGUGGAGAGGAGCGAGAAAUUCACCACCAGCGAGUCAUCACCGACCCACACCGCAGAGCUGAUGGAGACAUAAAACUCUACAGGCCAGGAGACAAGGGCUGUUUCAGUCUAGAGGUCAGCAAAGCAGCCCCCUUGCUCACUGCCUCCUGCUGCCUUAGCCAGGAUAUAAGGAAUAGAAGCCAGGGGUUGGGGAAGUAAAUUGGACAAGACACAGCACUUGUGUUGUGAAAGUUUUGGUCACCUCUUUUCUUCCUCAUUUAAUUUCGGAGAAGCAAAUUGUUUCUGACUGUGGACUGGUCAACCUGCUCCCAGUAGUUCUGCAAAGUGGGAAA